GUCAUCGCCUCUCGAUUACAAACUCCAAGGGCUGCUAGAUAAAAGAGCAGACACAUGGUAUAUAGGACCAGAUACACAUACGUACUCUGCCUUUCUCUCGCAGAGCGCACUGCAGCAUAUAUAAUCGCCCCGGCACAAUGACCCAAGAAGUAUCCGUGCUCGGCCCCGUCGACCCUGCAUCUGUCCAAGAUGAAGGACAAGAAAAGGCCGCGCCUUGGAUAGUGCGGAAGCUAGUUGGGUCGAUGACUGGGCGGAUUGUGAUGUCCUCUUGGGAGACCCUAAGAGCCUCUGGGACAAAUAUCGUCUGUCUGUCUCCGUGGGGAGACUCUUCGCCGCUGCUCCUGCCAUGUAUACGCUUCCGCGACCUCGCUGUACACAGCAUUAUUGCAGCCACCGGCGGCAUGGCCGCCGUCGCAGCACCGGUGAUGGGUCCUGUGUCCGACGCGAUAAUGGAUACGGCUGGCGACGGCAUCUUCGUCGAGAUCGGGAUGCAUGCCAGUUCCGAACUUACAACAGAGCUUGCGGACCACCUUGGAAUUGAAAAGCCCUUCGACUUCAUUUUACCCAUACACUCGGACAAGCUGCAGACGACGGGAAUCAAAGAGCUCCUCAUCACGUUAAAGUACAAGCACAUUCAUGAGGAUGCACUGCUAGGGUUCUAUCGUGGAAGCUUACACAGGGAUUCCUCGCUCUUUUCUAGUGUCAUGGGCUACUUAUCUACGCAGAAGGGCUGGUUCUCGCCUUACUUAUUUGCAAGCGGACGAAGACCUAUCAUACCCCGGUCAAUGAAACCUGACGUGGUUUUUUGUCAUGGUCCUUUCCUUCCAGGCGACUACCAGGUUGGACAGGCUUUACUUGCUGAAUCUGCUCUCGUGAUCAGCUUGGCUCCUGCUCCUCCUGCGACCCCUUCAGGGACACCCAAAUCAUCAUACUCGUCACUUUCGAUCCCCAACUUUAAAGACCUCAGCCUCUCGAACAUGUUCUCCCGCUCGCGGACGCCCUCCCCUGUACCCUCUCUCACGCCUCUCCCUUCGACAUUAAAGCCUCGCCGGAUGGUCGUCCUUCUGGUCGGACUUAAGCCACACCGUGCCGGAAUCUGGACGAGCAGCCAGCGCCCGUCAGAGAGCGUCAUCUAUUACCAGCUGCUCAACGGUUGUCCGACGAUCGUCAUUCCUGUCAAACUCGGCGCGCCGCUUCUCGGGUGGGAUACGCUCACCUUGGACCGUCUGUGGAAGGUCACCCUGCCGAAGGACGGCGAGGCGCUCGACGGCACGACGGGCUUUAGUGGAAUCGUGAAGACGAUAUUCGAGUACUUGGAUCUCUGUGUGGACUGGGGUAGGGUCGUUCUGUCCACACAGCAGAACGAAUUGGACGUGUCUGUCGCCGCGAGCGACACCGAGACCGAUGUGGAUUUGAAGAAGAUCGCUUUGAAAGAUGCGCUUUCCCUGCUUGUCGCGGGCGCGGUGAGGAGUGGAGAAAGCGAGGAGGUGAAGAAGAAGGUAGAUAAGGACAGAAGCGGGAUUGCUAUGUGGAGGAUCCCAUGAGUAUCGUCCGAGGGUAGACAGAACUGUAACAAGGUGUAUUACGCCUCCGAGUGCGCCGGCUUCUCUCCGGCCGUCACUCUCCAUGUGACCGUG